GCUUCCACGUGCCGCAGGACGUGCCGCCCCACAGCUGGCUGCGCCGCGGCGUCGCGCCGCCCCUCAACCGCUACAGCAUCAAGCCCGGCCGCCACUGGGACGGCGUCGACCGCUCCAAUGGGUUUGAGCGCACCAUGUUCAAGCAGCGCAACGAGAAGGCGGCGCGAUACGCAGAGGCGCGCGCCUGGGCGCAGAGCGACAUGUGA